CGGUUGCUUCUCUCUCAGUCUCACAAAAUAUAAAGGUGAGCAUUCUGAAACGGUUGCGAGACUUACUACAAUGUCUAUCGACUAUGGCGCGAGUUCCAAAGCAUACCUGCAAUUGCGGCCUCAACACAGUAUGAGCUCUUUGUCGGCAGACCGAUCCUGAAUCAAACUAGCUUCUCACAAUUUUCAUUACUCUUCGACUACCUCAGUCUUCGGCUUCUAAAAUACUUUUAAAAGAAAACAAACUAUCAAACCAUGUCUGGAAGAGGAAAAGGAGGAAAGGGACUCGGAAAGGGAGGAGCCAAGCGUCACAGAAAGGUCCUCCGUGAUAACAUCCAGGGUAUUACCAAGCCCGCCAUCCGUCGUCUUGCGCGUCGAGGUGGUGUCAAGCGUAUCUCUGGAUUGAUCUACGAAGAAACCCGUGGAGUCCUCAAGGUCUUCCUCGAGAACGUCAUCCGUGAUUCCGUCACCUACACCGAGCACGCCCGCCGUAAGACCGUCACUGCCAUGGACGUUGUCUACGCCCUCAAGCGUCAAGGACGUACCCUUUACGGAUUCGGUGGAUAAGCGCAUCAUCUGUGUCUCUUUCACACAAAACUGAAUACCAACAAAAGAACAAAACAAAAACAAACCGGAGAUUUUAAUCUCCACAUUCACGAAACAGAAUCCAAACAAAUGGAAUGUCACAAU